UUGGCCACUGACCAAGCUCUUCGAGUCAUUUAUAUUUCGCUGGUUAGCUUCCCAUGCCUUGUGUAUUUUUUUUUUUUUUGCCAAGGGGGAACGUUCUGCAGUAGACUCCGCGUUCUGUGGUGGGUCGCUUGAAGGACUAAAGAAAAAGUAACACUACUUUCCACAAUGGCAGCAAUACUCCGCUCCGUGCUGAGGAAGAAGACAUCCACCGCGCAGCUGGGUCGUGUGUGCUACUCGUCUGUGCCCACCACCAAGCUGUUCAUUGACGGCAAAUUUGUGGAGUCCAACACGUCGGAAUGGCUCGACGUUCACAACCCUGCCACCAAUGAGGUGGUGAGCCGCGUUCCCAAAGCCACCCAGACGGAGAUGCUGUCCGCCGCGGAGUCCUGCUCCCGCGCGUUCCGUUCCUGGUCGGAGACGUCCGUCCUGAGCCGCCAGCAGAUCUUCCUACGCUACCAGCAGCUCAUCAAAGACAACAUUAAAGAGCUGGCCAAGAUGAUCACGCUGGAACAAGGCAAAACUCUGGCAGAUGCCGAGGGCGACGUGUUUCGGGGACUGCAGGUGGUGGAGCACGCCUGCAGCAUCACGUCGCUGAUGCUGGGCGAGACGCUCCCGUCCAUCACCAAGGACAUGGACACGUACACCUACCGCCUGCCCAUCGGCGUGUGCGCCGGCAUCGCCCCCUUCAACUUCCCCGCCAUGAUCCCGCUGUGGAUGUUCCCCAUCGGGAUGGUGUGCGGCAACACGUACCUGAUGAAGCCGUCUGAGCGCGUGCCCGGGUGCACCAUGCUGCUGGCCAAGAUGCUGCAGGACGCCGGCGCGCCCGACGGCACGCUCAACAUCAUCCACGGGCAGCACGCAGCCGUCAACUUCAUCUGCGACCAUCCCGCCAUCAAGGCCAUCAGCUUCGUGGGGUCCAACCAGGCGGGGGAGUACAUCUACGAGAGGGGCUCCAAGAACGGGAAGAGGGUCCAGUCCAACAUGGGCGCCAAAAACCACGGUGUGGUGAUGCCCGACGCCAACAAGGAGAACACCAUCAACCAGCUGGUGGGCGCGGCUUUCGGCGCGGCCGGCCAGCGCUGCAUGGCGCUCUCCACCGCCAUCUUUGUGGGCGAGUCCCGCGAGUGGCUCCCGGAGCUGGUGGAGCGCUCCAAGUCGCUGCGCGUCAACGCAGGCGAUCAGCCGGGCGCCGACGUGGGCCCGCUCAUCUCGCCCGAGGCGAAGGCCCGCGUGGAGUCCCUGAUCCAGAGCGGCGUCAGCGAGGGCGCCGAGCUGCUGCUGGACGGCAGGAACGUCCACGUCAAAGGAUACGAGAACGGCAACUUUGUGGGGCCCACCAUCUUGGGCAACGUCACGCCGGACAUGACAUGCUACAAGGAGGAGAUUUUCGGGCCGGUGUUGGUGGUUCUGGAGGCUGACGACCUGGAUGACGCCAUCGCCCUGAUCAACAACAACCCGUACGGCAACGGGACGGCCAUCUUCACCUCCAACGGCGCCACGGCGCGCAAGUACACGCACGGGGUGGACGUGGGUCAGAUCGGCGUCAACGUUCCCAUCCCCGUCCCGUUGCCAAUGUUCUCCUUCACCGGCUCCCGCGGCUCCUUCAGGGGAGACACCAAUUUCUACGGCAAGCAGGGCAUCCAGUUCUACACGCAGAUCAAGACGGUGACGUCGCAGUGGAAAGCCGAGGACGCCACCGUCACGACUCCGGCCGUCACCAUGCCAACCAUGGGACGCUAAAACACCAAGUGCUGUCGGUCCGCAUCGACGACGUCCUUUCCGUGAUCGGUUCGCUUCCGCGGGAGCGAUCAACAAGUUCGAGACGAGCCUCCGAGCGGUCACACUAAACGUCUUCCGCUGACAAGCGCUUCGCUGCAUGCGCACCAAAUGUUCUGUUGUACCGGACGCGUACUUGUUUUCCCGUGCUUAAUGUGACAACACACCUUCAACCAUGAUACUUUGUAUGCUCUGUGUAAGGCCAAAGAUGGCUGCUGUCUCAGAUUGAGGUUCAAUGGCAAUAAAUUGCAGUAGUUCGUUCACUUGUGA